AUGGCGGAAGAUGCUGCAGGCAAAGUUCUGGACAGAUGGACUAUAAUGUCCCGGGAAGAGGAGAUCAUCACUCUUCAACAGUUUCUGCGCUUUGGUGAAACCAAGUCUAUUGUGGAACUGAUGGCCAUCCAGGAAAAGGAGGGUCAGGCCGUCACAGUGCCCUCAUCAAAGACUGACUCUGGAAUCAGAACUUUCAUUGAAAGCAACAAUCGCACACGUAGUCCUGGCCUUCUGUCGCACCUAGAGAGCAACAGCCCCUCUAGCAUUCACCAUUUUGAGAACAUCCCAAACAGUCUGGCCUUCUUGCUGCCCUUCCAGUACAUCAACCCAGUGUCAGCCCCCGUGUUAGGGCUGCCACCAAAUGGACUGACCAUUGAGCAAUCAGGUCUCAGAAUGCGAGAGCCAAAUCUGCCCAAUCAGAGCGAGCCAGUGGAGACCAGUGAAUCUGAAGUGUCCCUCUCACCAUUUCGUAAUGGUCAGAGCCCCAGUCGAGGAACAAUGGGGACAUUACCUAACGCCAUUGAACCUAAGAUAGAACCCAACAGAGCUUCACCCAUCUCUCCAACACUAUCUUCACACCAGUCCCAGCAACCACAAACACCAACACAGCAACCACAGGGGCAGCAACAACAGCAAUCAAGCACUCUGAACAACCACCAGAUCCAUCACCACUUUGAAAAGAAUGAACAAUCGAAAACCAUUACACACUCUUCUUUCUCUUCCAAAAUGCAUCGCAUGCGUCGUAUGGGUGCAACCUCACGUAAGGGUCGUGUCUGCUGUAACUCCUGUGGCAAGACUUUCUAUGAUAAGGGUACUCUAAAGAUCCACUACAAUGCUGUGCAUCUGAAGAUUAAGCACCGAUGUACUAUCGAAGGCUGCAAUAUGGUCUUUAGUUCAUUGAGAAGUCGUAACCGGCAUAGCGCUAAUCCCAAUCCUCGUCUACAUAUGCCCAUGCUAAGGAACAACCGGGACAAGGACCUCAUUCGCUCCAGUUCUGGGACAGCAACACCUGUCAUAUCAAGUGCCAAAAGUGGCUUCAAUCUAACUAGCCCUGGGCGACCACCACUAAGCUUUGCCACCCCUCCUCUUGACCCCAUGAUACAGACACCCCUGCAGAGCCCUCUUGUUUUCCCUUCCCUGAAGUCUGUGCAGCCAGUGCAACCUGUGCCACCUUUUUAUCGCACACUGCUCUCUCCCACUGACCUAGUUAGUCCCCCAGUCUCUUUGCCCACCAGUCCAAUUUUGCCUACCACAACCAACUGCACAUCUCUGACAGACCAGCAACAGAUGUUAACUGCUAGCUCCCACAACAUGCAUGUAUCAGAAACAUCAACGUUUUCUCAUCGCCUACUCACAACUCCCAGUACCCAAGAUUCUGUAACUGUCGACCCUAUGCCUAAAAAGAAGCCUCGGAAAUCUAGCAUGCCAGUAAAGAUAGAGAAAGAAAUAAUAGAUGUGGCAGAUGAUUAUGAUGACAAAGAUGAUGACGAUGAUGAAGAUAGUUGUCAUCAUCACCACCAUCAGCCAUACAACAUCCAUAACAAUGUCAAUGGCAACUGCAACAACAACAAUAACAGCAGCAGCAGCAGUCAUCACUGUGGGGGUAGUGGACAUCUGUCUCCAUCACACGAUGAAAUGAGUCCCAGUCUAGCCCUUAGAGGCAUGCUCCAUCCUGACCAAGAAGAGUGCAGUGGGAGUCAUGGCAGUAGAGGCCAUGGUGACCUGCGCUGUAUUGACAGCUUUACCUCUGAGGACCAAGAUCAUGAGCGUGAUUUUGAAAAUGAGUCAGAGACAUCUGAAUCCAAGAUGCUCUACCGUGAUGAGCUGAUGGACACUGACGUACAUCAGCCUGCCCUAGACAGAAACCUGGGCAAGGAACAUCAGUGGGCAGAAGAUGAGGGACACCUACGGAAAGAUUUGGAGGAACAAAGCCAUUCCCCACCCUCCCAACACCAGCCUGUUAUCAAAAUCAAAGAGGAGAUCAAUGAUCCUACAUAUGACAUGUUCUGCAUGGGUCAAUAUAGCCUUUACAAUGGGGGUAUGGCAGCUGCCGCUGCCGCUGCUGCCAGUAUGGCUGCCUUACAUGAAAGUUUCAUCUCCUCUAUGAGCUAUGGAUCAAGCCCACCAAAAUUCUCUUCUCAGUCCCCUGACGGUGAUCUCUGUUCUAGUCCUGAUCCCAAGAUUUGCUACGUCUGCAAAAAGAGCUUUAAAAGUUCAUACAGUGUCAAACUGCACUACAAGAAUGUGCACCUAAAAGAGAUGCAUGUGUGUACUGUGGCUGGAUGCAACGCUGCGUUCCCCUCCCGACGGAGCAGAGAUAGACAUAGCUCCAACAUCAACCUGCACCGCAAACUACUGACCAAAGAGCUGGAUGACAUUGUUCUGGAUCCCCAGCUUACAACCAUGCCUAAAGAGCUGCGUGCCGAGUUCCUUUCAACAAUCUAUGCUGACCACCAUCUGGGACUUGAGGGGGUAGAGAAUGCUGGACCACCACGAGACAGAGGACAUGAGGGAAUGAGAUCCCCAGUCGCUAAAGAAUAUUCACGCAGCAAUGGCUAUUGCCAUGGCCCCAGUGAUGACUACAUGGUGCUGGACCUGAGCACCACCUCCAGUGUACAAUCAAGUGGCAGUGUGCAGUCCUCACAGGAGUCUGAUGAGGGCAGUGAUGAGGGCAUCCUGCUGGAUGACAUGGAGGGUGCUAGUGACAAUGAAGACUACACCCCUAGUACUGCGGCAAAGAAACUGGCAAGGGAGGGAAAGGAUACAGAGGACGCCAGGAAGGAAGGAAGAGAAGGAGCCACGGAGGAGGGGCUUCUGCACUGUGACCCUUCAUUCUCACCAUCCGUCUUAGCAUCCAGUGGAGGUAAUGGCACAGGAGGCAUCCUGUGCACCAUCUGCCACAAACUGUACAGUAAUAAAGGGACCCUUCGAGUGCACUACAAGACUGUCCAUCUGCGUGAAAUGCACAAAUGCAAAAUACCUGGCUGUAACAUGAUGUUUUCUUCCGUGAGAAGCAGAAACAGACAUAGCCAGAACCCCAACCUACACAAAAAUGCCCCCUAUACCACAAUGAUUGACUAGACCUGACAUCCCUCUGCACCACAUUGCCUCAAGUUACAAAUACUCCACACAAUAACACCCUCUCCAUUUCUCAGUAUCAUAAUGCUAUAAAAACAGCAUUAUUUCUCCCCAAACGUCUUUUCAAGUAUGAAAAAUUAGAGCAGAAUUGUGCCCUUUUGACAUUUCCGUUUUUGGAAGCAAAAUACAUCAUAGAUCUCUCCAUCCCUCACACAAACUUCUCCUCAGUCUUUAAUUUAUGACUCUUGCCUGCAGAAAUGAUAGAGGUGAAAAAAAACGCAUUUUUGUAAUGAUAUAUUUUAAAGAAUCCCAUACAAGAGCAUGUUAAGACUGGUUUAAACAUGUAAAUAUUAAUGUUGUGGGGGGCUAUUUGGUGUGAAACAGUUGUAUUGAUGGUUGAUAUUUUCUCUUUUUUGUUCUUUUUUUAUUUUAUUUUAGUCUAAUACUUUCAUUUAAAAAAAGUUAAGCAAGACAAAGUAGCAUCUGCCUAGCUUGAUUCAUAUAUUGGCUUUAAGAAUGUUUUACAUUAGAAAAGAAAAAGUAAAAACGUGACUUGUGACUUGUUUUAUCUACAUGUUAGAUAUACAGA